CCCGGAGUCAUUCAAAGGACGGACUUACGAACCGGAAGCAACGUCAUGCUUUAGCUGAAACGCUAAAUAAUUGAAUAGUUGGAGACCGCGUAUCCACCAUUUCUUCACAAUGUCUGUUAAAUUAAAUGCCCUGAAUAGUGAUUCUCACAUUGAUAUUAGUCAAUAUAGAGACCAACAUUUUAAGGGUAACCGCUAUGAACAGGAGAAGCUGCUAAAGGGUAGCCACACUCUGUAUGUGGGAAACCUCUCCUUCUACACCACUGAGGAGCAGGUACAUGAGUUGUUUUCCAAAAGCGGAGACGUCAAGCGCAUCAUCAUCGGCCUGGAUAAAGUGAAGAAGACGGCUUGUGGAUUCUGCUUCGUAGAAUACUACACACGUGCGGACGCGGAACACGCCAUGCGCUUCAUUAACGGUACUCGGCUGGACGACAGGAUCAUCAGGACAGACUGGGACACCGGCUUCAAGGAGGGACGGCAGUUCGGUCGCGGCAAGUCUGGAGGACAGGUGAGAGAUGAGUACAGGCAGGACUACGACCCAGCCAGAGGCGGCUACGGUAAACUGGCUCAGCAGCAUCGAUCCACAGAGGCGCGCAACAGCUUUUAGACCGAACGCCACCGCAGCAGUCAGUCUGGACUACACAGAGCUCGAGCCUCACCUCCCCCUCCCCCCCCGGAUCAGAUUAAUGCUCCAACAGUGCCACAACAUACAACCACAGAUUGUCACCAUUAAACAAUCUACAGCUGGUCUGCAUGGACCACUGGACCCUGCGUAUUAGCAGCUAUUAUUUAUUUCCUUUGGGGGGCUUGUUUUCUUUUCUGACUGCCUCUGUGACUUCCAGACUUACUAUCACAGGCUAAACCACAAAGUUACUGUGAUAUUUAGUGAUGGUUUCAUCAUCCUGUAUAUAGAAACAUCAAAAAUUUCCCUACAGGCUAAAAAAAGUCUCUGAUCGCGUGUAGUGUUUGAUAUAUUGUACAAAGACGACUCGUCAAAAUGAUCUUGGUGAGUCUGUGUGUCAGGUUCCAAUAAUAGUCUGCUGGAGUAACAGAAAGGAAGCAUGAUGUGAUCUUCCCCAUUUCCAUGAAUGAAACUUUGUGUCCUGAAUUGUGUUUACUUUUUUAAAUAAAGCCGUUUUUUUGACAA